GUAAUACAGGCUCUCGUCAUUACGGGGCACUUCGGAAACUGGUUGCAAAGGUUGGCUAGUAUAUAUGGCGACGAUCCUCACCGUGCUGUGUAGCCCGGUCCACAACGGUGCCCAAAAUGCAGCUAUUCCCCUCGCCGCCCCUGGCUCUGCUCGCUCUAAGUGCAACUGUUGCACGCGCGCAGGAGCUUCUCAGCUUCCGCUCGCGUCCGGACCUCCAACCACUGAAGUGGAUUGUCGCGAAAGAACCCACCGAGAACUAUCAUGACGGGUACUACAUGACUUGUCCUUGGAGUACGGACGUUCCGCAGCCCGCACCGGCGAUCUACACUUCCAAGGGAGAUCUAGUAUGGACAGAUCCUGAAGUGGGCAUGUGCUUCGACCUGGACGUUCAAAACCUCAACGGGACGGAUGUGCUCACAUUUUGGAAUGGCACAGUCAACCCAUUUUCGCGGUACGGCAUAGGUCAAGCGUACAUAAUGGACUCGACGUAUGCGGUCACGCAUGUGCUCGCGACCACGUUCAACGACACUUGUGAUCUGCACGAGUUCACGAUACCCAAGGCCACAAACUCGACCGCUCUGCUCCCCGUCUACUGGCCUGUGCAGGCUGAUCUUUCCGACUACGGCGGUACUGAGGAUGGAUGGGUGCUAUACAAUUUCUUCCAAGAGAUUGACAUCGCUACGGGCGAAAUCGUCUUCGAGUGGAACUCCUCUGAACACGUUCCGUUCUCGGAGUCAUACACUACUGCGGCGAACAGCACUACCGCGUACUACGCCUGGGACUACUUCCGUAUCAACUCGAUCGACAAGGAUACAUCUGGCAACUAUCUUGUUUCCUCUGGUCACACGCAAGCGCUCUACUACAUUGACGGCACGGACGGUGAGAUCAUCUGGAAGCUGGGCGGGAAGAACAGCAGCUUCACUUUCGGGCUCAACGCGACAUUCUACGGGCAACAAGAUGCGCGCUUCGUCGACGGACCCACUGUGGUCAGUAUGCAUGUUGGCGAAGCCACCACGGGCCAGACCACCGAGCGAGGACUGUCUCUUCUUCUCAAUACUACGACUAUGGAGGCGACGAUGCUGGUCGAAUUCCUUCCGUUGACACCAUACACCAGCACUUCCCAGGGAUCUCUCAGGUAUGACCCUGAUGGCAAUGUCGUCUUCGGAGGAGGCACGAACCCAUGGAUCUCCGAGUACUUACCCAAUGGGACGAUGAUCUACUCCGCGGCACUAGGCGGCGAAGGUUUGGUAGACUCGCUGAUUGAGAACUACCGCUCACUGAAGACAACGACAUGGAUUGGCUAUCCGCAAACAGCCCCUGACAUCGCGUUCAACGGAUCGACCGUAUGGGCGAGCUGGAACGGCGCGACGGAGGUCGCGGAGUGGGAGAUCUUGACAGGCGCGCACCCUAGCAUCCUGCGUCCAGUAGCAGUCGUUCCAAAGGACGGCUUUGAAACGGAGAUCACUAUCGAUUCCGCGAAGUACGCUCGUGCGAGAGCUUAUGAUGCGUGGGGUGCAGUCCUGGGACAGAGCCACGUUCUCGACGCGAACAGCACCAUCGUCUCUACGGAUGGUCAAUACCGGAAACGCUCUGAGAUUGACGGACGUGUUGUUCAGAAUAGUCUGUGACUCAAUAUGAGGCAGGGCGUUAACAUGGACAUGGCGAUUAAGAGGCUCACGGCCCUAUACAUCGUACGCACCGGACGAGAGACAUCGUGCCUCUCGUGCCAUUUCUGCCCUUCCUGCUUCGUCAAAUACACACAUGCCAUGGGCUUACAGCGGGAGCAGAUAGGCGGUCCCGAGAGCGAUGGCACCCAUAUGUAAGUCGCACCGCCCGCGUGGCGCACCAGCGUAGAGUAUCAGCCCGUCAUGGACCUCGGGGCUGAAGUGGAUAUCCACGUCUUCAGCCGAGCCCGAUGGUGAAUGCAAAGCUCGAGCGGUCGCAUCACCAUAAAAUAUCCCUAAUACAGUGUAUGCAAGUGGUACACACAGCGCAGA